UCCUCUCGGCCUGUUCUUCAUAUUUCCAGAGCCUUUUUCUGGACCACCCCGAAAAACAUCCAAUUGUGAUAUUGAAAGACGUCCGCUUAGCCGAACUGAAAACAUUAGUCGAAUUCAUGUACAAAGGCGAAGUUAACGUGCAAUAUUGUCAGUUGUCGGCUUUGCUCAAAACGGCCGAGUCGUUAAAAGUUAAGGGCUUAGCAGAGAUGACCAAUCAGAACACAACACUCAGAGAGCCAGAACGUGAACCGGAUCGCUUGAGACCGCACUCGCAGCCUAGCAAGAGCACCUGUGACAGCCCCGUCGAUACUGCGUUAGCGGGCGGGUCCACCACAUCGAUAGCCACCUCAGCCGCAAACUUAGCCACAUCAACAGCCGCCGCCGCCGGCGCUUCAUCAUCUGCCUCAGCCUCAAUUACCGCCACCUCAGCCUCGACGACAUCAGCAGCAGCAGCGGCAGCUACAACGACGCCAGUCAGCACCGCAGCUGCAGUUGUCGCUGCUGCCGCAGCGGCCGUUGCAGCGGCAACUCAGCAACAACAGCAAGCUGCCACAGCGUCUGCCUCCUCAACAACGACGUCAACGUCAACAGCAGCCGGCGCGGCCGGUACCGCAACAACGGCAUCCACAGCGCAAAAACGUGACGCUAGCGGUGAACGCGGCGGCGGUAGUCCGUCUGCGGCACCACCGUCUAAGCGUCAACAAAUGUCUCCCGAACGCGACUCAUCACCGCUGCCGCUUGAUCUCUAUCAGGGCCGAAGCGGCGAAACCAGCAUUGUUGGUGUGGAAAGUGGCCCAACUGCCGUCACGAGCGAUGAACGCGAUGUGACGGCACAUGCCAUAAGUAAAAAUAACAACAGCAAUAAUAAGCAUGCAGCGACCAGCAGCGGUGGUGUUAGCGGGAGCGGUAGCGCGCAGGCGUCGUCUCACCAAAAUAACGGCAAUGGCGAAGGCAAGUCCCGGCGACAUGACGACUCGGAUGAUGAAGAUGACGAUGAGGGUGGCGGCGGCGGCAGCAACAUGAGAGCGCUUGAUUCACCGCCCGUGCGACCCGCCUCCUGCAGCGUGCUAGACGUGAGCGGUAGCAUCGGACUCACGCUAGGCGUGGUGGAGAAGAUCGAAGAACCCGAUAGCUAUGACGAAGAAAUGGAACUGGAUGAAGAUAUAGAAGACAAUAGUUCGAACGACGCCAUGGGCUUGAAUAUGAAAAUCGGCGCAGCCAUUAGCCAUUCAGCGGCUUCGCUGGCGUUGCCCUCACCACUCGGUGGUGGCAGCGGCGGUGGUGGCGGUGAUCCCGAGUCGGCACGUUCCACACCAGCCGCAGCAACAAGCUCGUCCUGCGGUGGACUUAUACUCGCGUCGGAUCUCACACACCAGCAGCAGCAACAUCGUGCAACUUCGCGUAGUCCACGUGAGUGCGUGAGCGCGGCUGGUGAGCGACCUAGCAGUAGUGGCGUAUGCGGUAUGCCGUCGACUUCGACGGGCGCUGGAAUGAGUCCUAGCGCAUCGGCAGCGGCGGCGGCGGCGGCAGCAGCAGCAGCAGCGGCAGCGGCGGCGGGCAGUGAACCGCUGGCGGGCACGUCUGGAUUGGGACCGGUGCAGUCGGUGCCAUUGUCGCUUAAGAAGGAGAUCGAUUGCAGCGAGGAUGACAACAGCAACAGUCGGCAUAUGCAUCAGCCGCGCUCGGCGUCGGCGGGCGGCGGUCUAGGCGGUGAUUUGGAUUAUCGUCUCACCACACACGAAUCGCUCUUUCGUCACUUUGGUUCACCUUUCAACGCCAUGGGAAAUGGCAGCAGCGCUGCUGUAGCUGCCGCUCACUGUCCCACACCAUUCGCCUUUCCAUUUACACCGUUCGGCCUGAGCCUAUUCGACAUUGAUCCGUCCAGAAUUUUGGGUAUGCUCCGGCAUCAGACGUGGCUGGCCGAAGAGGCUUUAAAAAGUCGCAAUUUGCUAAAUACGCCUAAGGACUUUUCCCACCGUUUCAAUCCCAUCGGCGAAAUGUUCGCCAAGGAUUUCCAACCAAAUCAUUCGCAAGCCACCACUGCCGAAUUGCUUGCUGGCGUAGCAGCACCGAACAACAAUCGGACCAGCGCUGUAAGCCCAGUAAAGCAAACAACAUCACCACAACAACAGCACCCACUGCAACAUCAAUCUGAGCGUAACUCAAUACCGCAGCAGCAACAGCAGCCACAACAGUACAAACAGCAACACCAUCAGCCACCGCAGCAGCAACCAAGUUUUAACGUGCGUUAUCCUUCACCAGCUGCAUUUUUCCAUCAUCAACAACAGCAGCAACAUGUGAAACAAAAGUCCUGCCAUCAAGGCACACCAUCACCUCAUACCACAGCCACCUCCACGCAAUCGAAGCCAGAUACCACACCUGCAGCAGCCACACCGCACAGCGAGACACCGGACGACGAUGCGGUAAUAGAACUUACCACACACGAUGACGCACGCGACAGUGGUCGUGAAAGCGCUGUACAUACGCCCAACAACAGUACGGGCACAUCUAGUGGUCUCGGCACCUCUGCUGCUACCAGCGCUUGCUCGCCGCUGCUUUACAAAGAAUCACUCGAACAACUGCUGCAACGUCGUCGGUCCGGCUCCUCGCUCGGUGGCGUAAGCGAUAGCUUGCGUUCAUACACACAGCUGUUGCUCUCCUCGAGCACGCCCGGUGGCACCGAUACGUCCAGCUGUAAGGAGAAAAGCUCCUCAUCGUCUACCUCAUCAACACCACCACCCACCUCAGCGCUGUUGGCGCAACACCAGUUGCUCACCCAACGGCUGAACAGUCCAUCGGAGACGUCGUCACUCUUUGGCGAAACGAUCGAAGAAGAAACGCGUUGCGUCAACUGCAAUGCACACUUUCCGAAUGUGUGGCUGUUGGAGCAGCAUGCUGCCCUCCAACAUCCACACAUUGGACCGGGCGAGGAGAAACCAUUCAUUUGCGAGCAAUGCGGCCAAUCGUAUCGCUAUCGUUCCGCCUAUGCCAAGCAUAAAGAGCAAAAUCAUCGCGCCCGCUUGCCGGCCGACAAGCUCUUCACGUGCGACGUCUGCGGCAUGCAAUUCCGUUAUCUCAAAUCGUUCAAAAAGCAUCGCCUCAAUCACGCGCUGGAGCGCUUGCACGGAAAAAAAGGCGUGAUCGGCAAACAUUGCCUAACACCAGCGCAUAUGCUGGGCGAACAGGAUGUGGUAACCAGCUCGCAGGAGCCGAUGGUGGCCGACGAGGGUGGUGAAGAUUUACGCAUCAGCGUGAAGCGCGAACAAGAUGAUGAUGAACGUGAACAGCAAGAACGUGAAGAUCAGGAUUGCACCAUUGAUUCGGCUGGCCUGAUGAUCUACACUGAUAACAACAAUUCGACGGCUUUAGCCACAACCAGCAUCGCAGAGGCGAACAUUAGCAGUUCAGAUGGAAUUCAUAGUACAAAUAAGGGGCCUCGCCUUCUUACAACUCCACAAAUGGAAACGGAUCCCUCCUAUCAUCAUAUGCAACGCCAUCCACAGCAUCCACAUCAUCACCACCAACAGCAGCAACUACAACAGCAACAGCAACAUCAACAACAGUUGCCACCACAUUUGCAAGGCAGUGUGGCUGGUACAUCACUGCCACCACAUCAACAUCCGCAUCCACAUGCACAUGCACACACACACGCUUCUCUGCCCCAUUCGCAUCAUCCACAUGCGCAUGCGCAUCACGUUGCUGCGUCCACAUUGAAUUCACUCAACUCCAUCACGUCGCUGAUCAAUGCCGAGCGCAUACCGAACGAACAAUUCCUGGGCCUUAAUCCACAGGAGGCUUCAAUACUCAAUUUUCUGCGUGUCGAUGCAGCAGAACGUCAGCGGGAUAAGCGCCCCCAAACCUCACGUUUCGCCUGCCCCUUCUGCGGCAAAUGCGUACGCUCGAAGGAGAAUCUGAAAUUGCACGUGCGCAAGCACACUGGCGAACGACCAUUCGUGUGCCUCUUCUGUGGACGCGCUUUCGGUGGAAAAUCGGACCUCACUCGCCAUCUGCGCAUACACACCGGCGAACGGCCAUAUCACUGCGAAUCGUGCGGCAAAUGUUUCGCACGCGCCGACUAUCUAUCGAAGCAUCUUACAACUCAUAUACACAAUGCACCACGCUGAGAUGAGGUGCGGAGGAGACAACGACUCCUUCGCAGAUAAUAGAAUGAACAGCCAAGGGAGCGUUGGUGGUGGGAACAUUGGUGGUGGAGUUGCUUUGUAGCUGCCACUGCCGCAGCGGAGAGCUGUGCAUUGCCAGAUGUUGCGGGGAAAGAGACACAGCAAUAUACGUAGAUAAGUGGAUAAAAAAAUGCUAUGACACAAAAUGAUAGAGGAAAAAAUAUGCAAGAGAGUAUAAAACAUAAAAACAACAAAUACACAUUCACAAAAUUUAAUAAUUACAGAAUAUCGUGCGCAAAAAUAAAAUUUUAUGUACACAAAUAUGAGAGCACUGGCUGCGUAAAACAACUACAACUAGAAAUAAGCUCACAUUCUUUGCGAGGCAAUGAAUUUUAAGGAAAAAACAGGCAAAGUGGAGCCUAGAAAUGAAGGCACCAAAAAAUUUUAUCGAUCGUUUUUAGUGCUCUACCGCAAAACUCAUACCUUUUAUUUUUAAAUUAUGUAGAAUCCUUGGUUAAGACGUAUAAAGAAUUAUUUUAAGAAUAUGUUCAAUGCGAAGCAUACAUUUAGAGUUCGGUUUGCUUAGUUAGAAGUGCUAAAGUUCAGAAUUUUAUUAAGUAAAACCAUAAACACGGGUAGUAGAUAUUACGUAUGAAGGUUUAAAAAAUAUUUUUUAUAUACAUAAAUAUGUAAGCAGGUAUUUAGUUGUAAGUCUUAAGGGAGUCUCUAUUUUGGACUGUUGAAAGCAAGUUCUCUAAACCUUUUAUUCUUUAAAUUUUUUGCUUGAAAUUCAGUAAUUUAAACAUUCUGUAUAUGUUUGAAAAUUCUUUAUUGAAGGAGAGGGAGAUUAGCGAAAAUCACGAAAUUUAGGAGUUAAGAAAACUUUUGAUUCGAAAAUGUAUUCAAUUGAGGUGAAUGACAAAGAAUAAAAAAGGUAUGUAAUUAAUAUUUACCCUUGUGUUCAAAAACAGAAAGAAAAUUUUACACUUUUCGAGAACCAGAAUUUUUCAAAGGUAAAGGUAAAUUUUUCGAGUAAUUCACUAAUUCAAGGUUUGAAAACCCUCUUUUCCAAAAAAGAUAUUAAAUUUUUCGAAGAGCUUAAAUCAGUGGUAUCCUGAUAAGAAUUUGAAAUAAAACUUUACAAAAAUAUCGAUGGUUUGUUCUCCAAAAUUAUCUGAACAAACUUGUAAUCGAGUAGUACGUUCGACCAAAGUUUUGUCUGUCCAUGAAGAAUCUUCGAAACAAAAUUGGAAGCGGUGAAGUGAUUGUUGUAAAAUCAGAUUUUCAUGAGACAGUUAAUAUUCUAGUGCUGUGUAACUAAGCUCUUGGUGGAGUUAUAGAGCUGGCUUCCAGAGCAGUUCGCCGCACGCUCAAAGUUACUUUCAAAAUUCAAAAAAAAAUAAUAAUUAAAUGGACUCUGUAACAUAGAAUGUACAGAACCUUUAGCUCAUCUAUAAAGAGCGAAAAUAAAGGAUUAAAAAAAGAAAGAUUGCUUUACAAAUUCUACCGCACACCAACUCUACAGGGUUAAACCCCUCUAGAGCGCGCAUUGGCUCUUAACAGCUCUACAAUUCUCCCCAGCCACUAUGUUAAUCAGUUUAUUAGCAGAGUGGACCACACUUUUCCGGUUAUGAACUCAAGUGUACGAUCUGACUCAUUAUAAUUAGUAGUGUUGUGAGGAUCGAGUUCUUUGGUAUCGAUACUUUUAAGGAUCGGAUCUUUUUGAGAGUUCUGAGUACUUUCUCUAAAUAAAUACAUGUCAACGUUUCAAUGAUUGGUGUAGAAAUCUCCCAAGCUGACAGUACUUUAUUCAAAUUAAUACAUUAAUCCCAAAUUACAUCAAAUGAUUGGCUAACUUUACUGGGUAAAUUAUUGCACUUGAAAGCUAUUGAAACUUCAAAUUGAGUACAUCAUUUCUGAAUACCGGUAAAUGUAAAUAAAACCCAGUACUUUUUAGUAUAUACACGACACUUAAUAAUGAGUACUUUGAAUCAAUCCUGAGUACAUGUAUCAAAGUGAUGAUCGGAAUAGAGAAUUUUUUAGCACUGAGUACUUUCAAGCUCUUUGGUGAGUACUAAGUACUUUGGAGCACUCAUUAUCGAUACUUUUAAAAAUCGGCUGCUGUCGAUCCUUUUGAGAAUCGAGUUCUGAGUACUUUUGGUAUCGAUAUUGCCUAACACUAAUAAUUAGCUUGAGACAUUGAGUAAACAUACAAUGAUUUGAAUAUGCAGGUGAUACAAUUUCUUUUGUCGAAUAUUCUAAUUAGUUUUACUUGCACAUACUUACGUGUGCAUAUGUAUGUAUGUGUGUAGUUCCCUUAGUAAAUGCUAAACCACCUUUCUGUGUUCAUUUUCUGCCUGAGUUGAUAUACAUAUGUAAGUACGUACAUUGUAUGUAGAUCAUCAGAAACUGCCAAGCAGAUCUUUCUCAGUACUCAAAUUUGAAUCUUCUAAAACUUUAGAAACUUUUAGGAAGAGCAUACCUAAUUUUUUUAACAAAAUAAUAUCUAUUGCACUCCCUCUCUUUCACACGUAGAAAAUUAGUGAUAGUGAUUUUUUUUAUCUAAGCAGAAAAAGAACAAAACCAUCGAUAAAACAUGUUAUUUGGAAAUUUCAAAAAUAUGUACGUUAGGGUGGUCAUUAAAAUUGCAACAUCUAAAUUUUGUAUAGGGCACCUCUUUAUUUUGUUCUAUGUACAAAAUAAGGACAGCCGCGAAGUUUUCAGACAAAAAAAUAUAAGUUCGCUACCAGCGUUUGAAAAGGUUUAAAUUUGUUUUAAAAAUCGUGAAAAUUCGACAAAAUUUAAAAUGAAAUCUAAUAAAUUUGCCAUUUUA